AUUUCAAUGGUUCAUUAUGAUUAUAAGAGCAUCUGAAUUAUUACGUCGUUUUACUAAGUUGUGUUUUAGCCUACAUACCAACCAAGCACACAACUAAUAAAAAUAACAACAACAACAAUAAUAUUCAGCAACAGCAAUAAUACUACGGUUCUCUUCGUAUAAUUAUUUGUCUUGUUGGGAUUAUAGUUGUACGUUUAGUAUAGGCUAUAAUAUUGUCUCAUCAAGAAUCAUCCAAUUAAAUCCGAAAGUAAGCCACAUUUGAUACAUAUUACAUAUUACCCAAAGACUGAUAUUUUCUCAGAAUGAGUCAAACACAAGUGUAAUUUCAUUCUAAACAUUUGGCGUUCCUGAAGUUGAAAUUUGCUUUCACUUUCGGGUGGAAAUAGAAAAACUAGGAAGUGCCAACAUGUUUUUGCACUUCGGGAUGGUGUGAGUGCAGAAGGACUAGGGUGAAGAUACUCUGAAUCCACGUGAUAAGCCACCUGUGUGGCAGCUGUGCAGGUGUGCAGUACCGUACAGUCAUCAUGGCUGUGAAUCAGAGAUCCCCUUUAAUUGCACCAGCAGACCUACUGAAGAAGGUUGCCCUGGACAGUGCCCAUUUUGGGCACGACCUCUACCUCAGUCACCACAAGACCCACGGCCCGGUGCUUAUUAAAACGCUCUACACAGGACGGCAGCUCAACGAGAGUAAGAGGAAAUCGCUUCUGAAAGAAGUUGAGCCGCUGCUCAGGCUGAACCACAGUCGCGUUCUAAGAGUCCUCGGGGUUGUUUUGGACGACGGGCCCUCUUUUCUGGUUAUGCAGUUCACCCCCAUUGGAAACCUUUCGGCUGUACUUGAAGAAGGGACUGUACCUGUGUCCAUCAAGGGGAGGAUCAUUUUGGACAUCCUUGACGGAAUGGUGUACUUAACAAACAGCGAUAUCGUACACGGGGACCUGAAGCCACAAAACAUUCUUGUUGGAGAGGAUUUUCACAUAAAGAUCGCAGACCUGGAACUGGCCAGCUGCCGGUCCUGGAGCAAGCUGACGAUGGAGGAGUCCCGCAGGCGGAGCAGGAAGGGCGUGUCCCGCAGAGCUUGCACCCUCUGCUACAUAGCCCCCGAAAACCGAGAGACAAUCAAUGCCCCCUUCACCCAAAAAUCUGACGUGUACAGCUUUGCGAUCAUCGUCUGGGUCAUUCUUACCCACAAGGAGCCCGAUAGCUUGGACAGUGGACCAGAUGAGAACCUCGUUCCUCCCUCCUCUCCGAUGGGGAUGGUGACACUGAUGAAGAACUGCUGGGUUCAGGAUCCGAACAAGCGGCCAACAUUUGAAGAAAGCUAUAAGAUCUUCCAGUGCUUCUACAGCGAUGAACUGGAAAAAAAUUUGGACAAAGAUUUACGUCUUAAGAAAUGUAUUGUGGACUCCGCUGGAAUUCAUACCAAUAAUAGUCAGCGUGAAAGCCCGGAUCUUGUGACCAAGAUGAGCGCUGUUGCGCUGAGUGAGCCGUGCUGGCAGACAGAUGCUCCAGGCGGGUCUCGUGAGGUUCCUCGGGACGCGCUCCGGCUGGAGUCGCUCCAAACGGACGCUCGCCUCCUCGAUCGCCGCUGGGCGCCCCACGGGAGCUUCCUCAGCUCCCCCGACCUGAGCGCGCCCCCCGCCCCGGCCGCCGGUCGGCCCCCCGUCCCGACGCAGGCCAGCCUGAAGCCGCAGCCCUGGCCCGGAGAGGACCCCCCGGCCGCCCCUCCCGACGUGACCAUGCGCGGGAAGAAGCCGGAGGGGCCGGGCGGCGCCGAGACCGGGCCCGGCUGGGCCCCGCAGCAUCCCAGCCAGCGAAUCCGGUCCUGGCCCGUGUUCCCGGAACCUGGGGCGCACGGCUGCGGGGCCGGGGCCGACUCCGCCAGGUCGCUGCACCGCCAGCGUUCGGCAGGCGUGGUCAUACAAUACGCAACUGCGGUACAGAUUGGGGAUAACAACCGGCUAACCCUCGAAAUGGGGGACUCGGGCGAGGAGGGCUUUCAGCCCAGUUUUGCCGACUGUCCACAUUAUGAAGAGCUGCUGCAGACAUACGAGGACCGCGCGGUGCGGCGGGAGCACCUGGACCUGCUGGCGCGGAACAUCGGGCGAAACUGGAAGAGCUGCGCCCGGGCGCUGGGCCUGACCGACGUGGAGGUGCAGACCAUCGGCUACGACUACAGCCGCGACGGGCUGGCCGAGAUGGUGCACCAGACGCUGGAGAAGUGGCGGAUGAAGACGGGCACCGUCGGGUGCACCACGGGCGCCCUCUGCCGGGCGCUCAGGGGCAGCGUUGGCGUGGACGUGCUCUGCCAGCUGCUGCGGAUGUGCCAGGGCGGGGCGACUCCCUACCCGCCCCCCCCCCGCCCCCCCCCCGUCUUUGGGCGCAACCUUAUGCUCGGGCCGUAGACCUUGCCGCCUUAUGGUAACGCGCUGAGAGUGAAGAUACGUUUACGGCAAUGUCUUCCACUCCGACAACGAAAAGCUGCUCUCAUUUCAGUUUCGUGUACGGUAAUAUUUUUUAAAAUGUGACGGCUUUAGAACUCGCGGUUAACUCAAGACAAACCGUUAGCCUACCCAGUGAGCAUUUCUGCGGUGAAACGUUGGUGAAACCCCAUCUAGGCAUUCAGGUGAAAACCCCAGCUACGCUUGGCUGAACGGUGAACGUUCUCUGGCUGACUAUCGCAUAGCCAGGCUACAUCGGGUACAUUGGGGUUAACCUUGUCCGUUUACGUCAAAAUGUCUCUCAACCUAGAUUUCCACCCCUCUACACGUCUAGGUUCUGGCAUUUGCUCACUGGGCACCGUGUAAAUAUUAUUAAUGACUGAUUUUAAAAAAUAUAUAUAUUUUUUUUAUUUAAAAAAAUAAUAAUAUUCGCAUUACCCCUUUAAAAGUAUUGAACAUUCCGAUGCAGCUCAUAACGGUUGUUACAUCAUUGUAUCAUGAAGGCCUCAUCCCCUGAAUACUUUGCAUUGAAUCACGUUUACUAGGAUAAUCACUCAUAUUUUAUUCAGUUACAUUAAAUAUUUUUAUACCAAAGAUGCUUUAUAAAACUAAUGUGCACAGUGCCGACAACUGUUACUCUGUUUUGUUGUUGUAUGACACUUAACUGUGCAACAGUUUCAUUCACAGCCAAUAUUUUUUUUGUUAGCGUUUUUGUAAUAAGAACCAGGAAUACAUUGAUUUCAGAGUUUACCCCAAUCUGCUGUACAUUUCUCAGCCCAGAUUUUUAGAUCAUCUCAUCAGUGUUUACACAAAUGUUCUCAGCACUGAUUACCGUGCAUUUGUACAAUGCAAAUGUCAUGCCAACAAAUAAAACAUGACAGAAAAACCUU